CUCGCGCUGCGCCAUCUUUGUCGGCUGCCCCAUUGUUCGCUCCGGAGCUUCUUCCCCCCACCCCCGUCAGUCUCGGCGGCAUUAUCGUCUUCGUACUGCGCCACAAAAACACAAGCGGACACGGUGUCACCGGCAGCUGCCCGCGACAGUCGUGGACUUGCCCCCCGCCCCGCGUUUGCGACUCGGUGUUGGCCAGCAAAGUUUGAAACAGGAUGGACGAUGAGCAGCCCAAAACCCUGUAUGUGGGGAACCUGUCGCGAGAUGUGACAGAAGCCCUUGUACUGGAGCUGUUUGGCCAGAUCGGACCUUGCAAGAGCUGUAAAAUGAUCGUAGAUACGGCGGGUCACGAUCCCUACUGCUUUGUGGAAUUCUAUGAGCAUAGACACGCCAUGGCCACCAUUGCGGCCAUGAACGGUCGGAAAAUUCUUGGUAAGGAAGUCAAGGUCAACUGGGCCACCACACCGACCAGCCAAAAGAAGGACACAAGCAGUCACUUCCACGUCUUUGUCGGAGAUCUAAGUCCUGAGAUCACCACAGAUGACAUCAAGGCGGCUUUCGGUCCCUUUGGGAAAAUAUCUGAUUGCCGGGUGGUGAAGGACAUGGCCACCGGGAAGUCCAAAGGCUACGGCUUCGUGUCCUUCUUCAACAAAUGGGACGCGGAGAACGCCAUCCAGCAGAUGGGAGGCCAGUGGUUGGGAGGGCGGCAGAUCAGGACCAACUGGGCCACACGGAAGCCCACGCCCAAAACCACCAAUGAAACGAGCACCACGAAGCAGCUAUCCUUCGAUGAGGUGGUGAACCAGUCCAGUCCCAGUAACUGCACCGUCUACUGCGGAGGAGUCACGGCAGGCCUCACAGAGCAAAUCAUGAGACAGACCUUUUCGCCUUUUGGACAAAUCAUGGAAAUCCGCGUUUUCCCGGAUAAGGGCUACUCAUUUGUGAGGUUCAACUCUCACGAGGCGGCCGCCCACGCCAUCGUCUCCGUCAACGGCACGUCAGUGGAGGGUUUCGUGGUCAAGUGUUACUGGGGCAAGGAGACCACAGACAUGGUCAGCCCCAUACAGCAGGUCCAGAUGCCUCAGAGCACGGUGAGCUUCGCGGCGCAGCCCUACAGCCAGUGGGGGCAGUGGUACGGCAACACGCAGCAGAUCGGCCAGUAUGUGCCCAAUGGCUGGCAGGUGCCCAGCUACGGCGUCUACGGGCAGAGCUGGGAUCAGCAGUGCUAUAAUCCUCUUCCCUCUGGCGCCGGGUGGACCGGCGUGGGCGCCGUGAGCAACGGCGGUAUGGUGGAGCCUGGCCAGGGCGUCAACGGCACCAUGCUCGCCAACCAGGCUGGCAUGGCUGGUACGGCUGGCUUCCACACCCACUGAUCUUGCCCUCUGGACGCCACACAUUACUUUUUGGUUAGGGACCCCAGUUUGGCAUUCUUUUCUUUUUUUCUUCUUUUUUUUUUUUAAAUUGGCCCUGUUGGUCAAAAAAAAAAAAAAAAAGCGCACCUCUCAUCCUCUAUGCCAUCACCGGGCAACAUGUACAUUACAAGUUGAGCACAGCUACAGUUUAGAUUAGUGAAAGGCGGUUGUGGUUAAGGUGUUUUUCUGUCGCCAGGUUUUGUUUGCAGAGCCAAAGAGAUCUUCAUGCAAUCCUCCCCCCACCCCCCAAACCCCUCCUCCGAUCAGUGUUGUCGCCCCCUCCCCCGUUAGUCCUGGCCUGUUCUCAGGGUGCGGAAGUCAUUCUGUGAAAUGUAGGAAAUCACUGAGGAAGAAGCAAAGAGUACGGGACUGAGCAGCCUGAACGAUUUUGUGUGCACGAACUGACACUUUGACACACAAGUCUGGUUCUUAUCGCCCCCCCCAGCCACCCCUACGCUCCUCUCAAAACCGAAAGAAGGACUACACUAUUCUUAGUUUUGCCAUUGUUCUUCUUUCUCAGCUUGUGUAAAGAGCUUUUUGCCUUUCCUUUCAUUUCGGGGGACUUUACUGUCUUAAGGAGGGGGGAAAAAAUGUUGCAGUGAUGCCAUGGAACCACGGUUUUGUUUAGAAAGCAUCGAGCGGCUGUCAACUUUAUUUUUUAUCUUUUAAAUUGGAUUUUCAAUGUCUCGCAGGGAAUAGAACUGCCACGCUCGUCUUUACUCACCAGGCAGACAAAUAUUGCACAACUACUUAAAAAAAAAAAAAAAAAAAAAAUCACUCAAUUUGAAGUGUUUUUGUUUGUUUUGCAUUCCUCCUUCUUUUGUAAUAUCAUUUUGGAAGUCUUAUUGUAAAUAACCGAGCGCUCUGUUCAAUUGUAUCUGUAUAAAGACAUGAUGUUCAUUCA